GGCGAGAGAGACAGCUUCUCAUUCAGUUAACUAGGCCUCUUGAUGCGUGAGGGGGGCGAGAUGUCGCAACAGCCGCCGCCGUUCCCCUCAUCCUUCGCGAGGCCCCCUCAGCCCCACUACUUCCCGCCGACGGGGGCUCCUCCGCAGGGUGUUUAUGGCGGGCCGCCGCCGCCGCCUCACCACCCUCAGUUUCCUCUUUCCCCGUUCCCGCCUUUUUCGGCGGAUGGCCGAGGCCUUCCUACUCCCGCUUACCCGCCGCCAUUCCGGCCGCCGCUGCCCCCUCCUCCGUGGCAGCAGCAGCAGCAGCAGAAACCUCCGGAACUGCCCUCGCCUCAAUGGAGGCCCGCGGCGCCGCCUUACAUAGCCGGGGAGAAGCCAAGGUUCCCGCCUCCGGAGCGGCCCUCGCCUCAAUGGAGGCCCGAGGCGCUGCCGUUCGUGGCCGGGGAGAACCCAAGGCUCCCGCUCGGGCCUGACGCUGCUGCCUCAGCCGGCGGCCUGAGGCGAGGCGACGGCGGCGACGAGAGCGAGCAAUGGCUAAGCCGUUUCUUGGCUUGCCGCCGCACCGAAGGAACCGCCGCCGCCGCGUCUCCCCCGAAGCCGCGCGGCUUGAAGCCCAGCCAGGCGGGCCCUUUGGCGGCGGAGGCGCUGCGGCUGGUGGCGCAGGUGACAGCGCUGUGCGGAGCCUGGCGGCUGCGGGACGACCACGCCGAGGCCGAGGAGGUGGCCGAGGCCGAGGCCCGGCUGGCGGAGCUGCGGGAGGUGGUGCGGCCCCUGCGGGUCGAGGCAGCGGCGGAGGAUCCCCUGGCCCAGCUGCGCCGCCACGCGGAGAAGAGCCGCAAGAAGAGGCUGCGGCGCCAAGCGCGGAGGCAGGAGGCGCGGGCCGCUCGCGAGGAGGAGGCGGCCCGCGAGGCCGAGAGGGAGGCGCGGAUCGAGAGCUGGCGGGCCAGGCGCGCCCUGGAAGUCGAGGAGAGGCACCGGGUGGGUUGCUCUUUGAGGGAUGCCCACGAAUUCCCCGCAGGGUAGUCGGUGCUUUGGGGUUUAUUGGCUGUGUUUGCCCUGCUGGCAGGGGCUGAUGGGAGUUGUAGUCCAGCGGAGGGCACCAGGAUCUCUGCUUUAGGCAAACCUCUGUUGUUCACAUCCACCUGCAGUGUUGAGGUAGUACCCUACAUUACUGGGUUGUUGCAGGGAAUAGUAAACUGAAUUGUUUUGAACACUAAAUGUGUUUUAUUAGCUGCAUUAAUAGUGCUAAAUAAUUAUUUAUAAAAUAUAUACUGCUAAUUAAGAAUAGCAGCAUGGUUAAUAGCAAUUAUACAUAAAACCAUUCAAUAAAAGUCAUAAAAAAAAGGUUUCAAAUCAGCUAUUUUGGAAAGAUGUAUUCUUCACUAACUAAAUAAGCCUGAAAAUUUUCAGCUGGUGUUUAAAGGGUGAAACAAGGCACCUGCUGAAUCUGUACUCUCUAGAGAGAAUAUUGUUAUUCUCUACACCGGUGUGCAUGUGUCACAACUCUCUUACAUGUGUUCUUAAUUCCUUUAUUCAUAUUUUUGCCCAUAUAGGAACAAGAACUUAAAGCUGCUGCAGACAGUGUGUUAUCUGAAGUAAGGAAAAAACAAGCAGACACAAAACGUAUGGCAGAAAUCCUGCGUGGCUUAGAAAAGCUUAGGAAACUAAGAAAAGAAGCAGCAGCGAGGAAAGGUAAACGUGACUCAGAAUUGCAUGUGCUUUUUAUACUCCUUACUUACAUAUAAGCUGAAACAUAGCUGAAAAGCUGUUUGUGUAAUGGCUCCAACAUUUCAGUCAGGCUUGUAUUGCUUAUGUAUUGUUUAUAAAAUAUUGUUCAAUAUAUAUAAAUUAGGUCCUGGAAGACUUGUAUUGUUAAAACAAAUAUUUGGUUAAAAGCAUAGCAUCCUGCCCUGGACGAAGUCCACUCAAAGCAUCUGUAAGGCACUGAAACCAUUAGAACUUCUGAAGCAUUUAUGUUUUUUGCAAAUAUUUGUUAUAAAUACCCAGCAUAAGGGAUGCCUCUUCCAGUGACCUAUUAUGCUGUAUGCUAGUGUCAACACACCUUGUUAUUACCCAGCAUUGAAAAGAUGCAGCUGGACUAAUUCUUCAAUUCUGGUAUGAAGAGCUGUAGAAUAUGGCAAUAAUGGAAAGGUUAACAAGCUAUUUGAGAACGUCAAGAGACCCAAGGCUAUAGACUCAUUUAAGACAACUUUGCAAGACUAUUUCCUUCAUUGACAAUGAAGAAGCUGACACACAAGAAGCCGACACACCAAUAUGUCCACUUGUGGAAUUCACAGACGGUCUUCUUUGGUGGCAGUGAAGAAAUCAGUUAAUAAACACAAGUUUCCAGUUUUUAUUCAAUGUAAUUUGUAUUUUACUGCACAAUAUACACAUUUGCUUAUCUGGUUUUUGUUUUAAUCAAACACAGGUGCUUCUACAGGUUUGUUUUUUAUGUUCCAUGUUGUUAUGUUAAGUGUUCAUUUUUCUUCAGGGCUAUAUAAUAAAAUGUAAAAUUCAUAAAUACCAUAUUUCAGUGAAGUAAGCUACUGCACCCGGUUCCUCCUCUGUCCUUGAACAGUGAAAAAACAUGCAAUUAGGGAGAGGAGGGAGAGGGAAAUAAUACGCACCCAAGCAACUGACCACCCUGUUAAAAGCAAGUGAGAUAGGGUGCAUGAGGAUGCCACCUCAGAGCAAGAUUACUCACCAGUGGGGAUGCUUUGAUUCUCUUGUUCACAUGCAUUUCAUUAUUCUGGAUCAGUAUGUGGAGGAAAAGUCAAGUAAUCUGAUGUGGGUUGUGGUUUCUGUUCUGUUUUUUUUUGCUGCAGGUGUUUGUCCACCCCCAGCUGCAGAUGAAGCCUUUGAGAAUGAAGUCCAGAGCUUAAGAGCAUUGAUAAAAACACGCACUGAACUCUAUGAAGCUGAAGAACGAGCUCUGCGGGUUAUGCUGGAAGGAGAACAGGAAGAGGAAAGGAAAAGAGAAAUGGAAAAGAAGCUGAAGCGGGAAAAGGAGAAACUUCUGCAGCAGAAGCGGGAAAUGGAUUCAAAACUGUUUGGGGAUCCAGGUAACAUUCAGCGUAUUGUUUCUCAGGGGUUGUAUUCAGUGUAGUGCUAAGUUAUACUUGUCCCACUGGUGAAAUGUUUUGCACCAACAGAUCAUUGUUGUGCAAGAGAAUACAUAAGCAGUUUGCUAGCAAAUGGUGCACAGCAAAUUGUGCAGUCUGUUGCACAGUGUGUUUCUGCUAGUGAAACACUUGUGUUGGAUUCCUCUGUUGCGUAACAUUAAAACUCACCCAUCCGCUCACAGUAGCUGACAGAAAAUGUUGGAUACAGUCCCAAGUGCUUGUUUUACAAUGCAGGCGUAUUCUCCAGCUAUCAACCCACACCAGAGAUAGUUUAUGUUUAAAUCUUAAUUAUUUUAUUUCAUAAAGUUUAUACACUUCUUGAUUGUAGAAAUUCUCAAAAGUGGUUUACAAGAAGGCACAAUGAUAAAAUCGAGAAAAAUUCACAACCGUAUUUUAAAACAUACAAAAGUUAAAAUACUAGAACAGAUUAAGAUUACUUCAAGCAGCUGGGUAGAUUUAUCUAAACAAGAAUGUUUUUAGCAGGCACCAAAAAUAGUACAUUGAAGGCACCUUCUUAAUCUCAAUAGGCAAUAUUUGAUUGCAGAGAGUCAUAGAAUAAAAUGAUGGGAGCUACUUCCUGAUUUUUAAUAUAUUUAUGCAAUCCCUAUGUUUCUAUCAACAUGUCCAGUUAGGAUUUUAUGUAACGGUAUUAUAACAGUCAGUUUUAGUAUUCUCUGUAGCAAAUAAUGUAUGGCUUACAUUCUUGGGAUAUGCUUCUGUGUCUGGUAGUUUUUCAUGGCACUUGUUUUUCUUAAUUAUUAUCCUGUUUUACAGAGGAAUUUCCCCUUGCCCGCCUUUUGGAGCCCUUCACACAGUAUUAUUUGCAGGCUGAGUAUUCUGCGCCAUCUCUUAUCCAGAUCAGGUAAGUUUAAUCAGUGUUGUAGUAAAAAUAAAGCUGUAACAAUUUUGUCAAAUCUUGAAACUUACCUGCUUUUUUACGUUGUGGUGUAGUAUUAAUUCCUAUCGGAUAUUUGUUGUAGCAGUUACUGUUCAAGUUGCAGUCAGCAAAACUGUUGUUGCUGCUAAAACUUCCCUCUGGACCCAGAUAGUGGCAUUACCAAGAAUAAGAGACUGCUUUACUGGGUCUCCCAAGAGCCAUGCCUUUACUUCCCUACAAGUUAUGGGAUGCCAUGUACCCCUAUGAGGUACUUGGAGAUACUGUAGUAGUGGACAGUGCAAAACAUGUCUCUAAUGCUGUCCACUGACAAGGAUCUGUUGGGUGGCCACAAUGCUUUGCACUCAUCUCCCCAACUCACAUCAACACUUAAGUUGUAAAAUUAAUGGUGGGAAAUUAAGAUUUCAGGAGGAUUGAACACAGUACUCAAUAUGCUGCAUAACUAACUUUAUUAUGUUUAAGGCAUGAAUGGGAUCGAUACUUGGUGCCUACAGAUCAUCCUGAAGGAAACUUUAUCCCACCAGGAUGGGUCAUUCCCUGUCAACCUUCUAGUGACAUCUGGGCUACAGCUGUUGGAUGAUGUGUUCAGAGUCUAAAACAAUAGCAACACAAGUGAUAAAGCGUACUUCAUUAAUUCCUUUGGACUUGAAAAACUCUGAAUCUUUUUCUUAUAAAGCAGGGGCACAGAAUACAUAAGAUGAAUAUGCAACAGCUGAUUCAGAAGACAAAUACUGCCCCCCAAAAAAUGUAUUCCGGAAAUGUGAAUCUCUGCUUAGUUACCCUGGCAGAGAUUUGCUUCAGAUCUUGUUUUUUAAAACACUGUUUGGAGGAUUUUAAUUACAACAGCAUUGCACAUUAUCUGCUCCUGCGAACUUUAAAAGCAGGACAUUUUUCCUUAGAAUUUUUAAAUGUAUUAUUUCUGGACAACGGCAUCUAUAGCAGGGAAAUUAAUUUGUCAUGGGCAUGUGUAGCAGCAAAACCUAACUUGAGAACCUGUGUCAUUAACUGCAUCCUGCUGAGGCGAAAUACAAUCCCAGGGCCAUAUAACUUAAUGCAGCUGCUAAAUAUUGUUGCAUGUGUUUUUAAUGUUCUGAUAUUUCAUGGGAAAUCAGGUAAUAAUCCUGAAGCAACAUCAAAGACUGUCACUGAACUCUUUAGAGCCAUAUCCUGGUUCUCAAGUUUCAGCUCUUUUUUGAACUCUCAUUUUAAAAAUUGCCUCCGUGUUUAUCUUGGUCUUAUGUGCUGUUACUUAAGUGAAUUGACAGAUGUGGUCAAUUAUCCCCUCCUUGCAAGUUUGGUGUAGUGGUUUUAAAAGCUAAAACACUAAGAUGAAACAACGUGGAGAGAAUUAAUAGCAUCGUUGCUGUUUUUUUGUGCAACUUGCACCUUAAUUUUUUUUUAAGUGUGCAUAUAAGAUGUACAUACUCAGGAAAGCAUUUUUUCUAUCAUCUCUUAAAGUAAGAACACUAGAGAAGCGAUACAAGUUAGGGUAUUUGUGUUAAUUUAAUAGAAUGUCAAAUACUGGUUUGGUGUUGCAUAAACAGUUCCUGUGCAUGUGAACCAAAAAACCUGAACAUCUAAUGUUUACAAACCUUGUAAAAUAAACUUCAUUAGCAUGGUAACAUAUUCUCCAUGGCCCCUGUUAUUUGAAGGUUGCAGAACAUUGUGGGACUGUCAUUGACAAAAAAAAAAAAAAAUGCUGUUGACACAAUAUAACUGAUGAUAUGUUGAUAGGCUAUCAUAUUCUGUAUCAAUUGAAUCUUUAGUUCAGGGGAAAGAAAACAGCCUUUCCCAAACAUUUCAGUGUAACUUGACCUCUGAUACUAAAUUUAGCAGCUUGUUACAAAAAUAUCUACCAAAAUGUUACAUCAAAUUUGAGGGAAUUUUUUCUUUAUUCUUUUGUUCUUGAAACAAAGUUACAUAAGUGCCUGUGAUGAGGGUAGAGAAUGCAAUGUGAAACAUUGUCAAGAAUUGUUUGUAGUACAAAGUAAUAAAGAUGAAUUUUAUUUGUACUUAAAAAAAAAAUAAAGAACAUUUCACACUC